UUGUACACUCACACCACGCGCCAAAUCGAACUGGAGUCGGUUUAUGUUGCGUGUACAUCAUACGUAGUUUGAUUUUGUUCCGAAAAUAUACCCUUACGAGUCUUAUCCGAAUAUAUUGCUUCACCGGAGUAAUAGAAUGUCGAGUCAGGCAAGUUCCCCGGUUCCUUCCGGGAGACGAGAUCAGCUCACAUCACCGCCUCACGAAAUGGAAGAGCCCUUUGAGGAUGAAGGCAAUUUGCUUGGAGCUGAUACAGAUAAUGAAAUGAUCGAGGAAGAAGAAGAUGGUGAAGAAUUAUUUGGCGAUAACAUGGAGGCCGAUUAUCGCCCCAUGCCUGCCUUGGAUCGUUAUGAUCCUAAUAUCGUUGAUGACGACGACUAUUCUGAAAUAUCUCAAGGGGACCGAGCAGCUGCAGAAAGAGAAAUGCGCAAGCGAGAUCGUGAAGCUGGAAUUGUCAGAGAUGACAGAGACCUUCUUUACGAUGAAAGCGACGAUGACGAAGUACCCAAACAUAAGCGUCGAAUGGCUGAAAAAGCAGCUGCUGGUGAAAUUGAAGAUUCAGAGAUGAUCGAAUCAAUUGAAAAUUUAGAAGAUACAAAAGGUCACACUAUCAAAGAGUGGGUUAUGAUGUUGGGACCGCGAACUGAAAUUGCUAACAGAUUCAAGAGUUUUCUAAGAACACACGUCAAUGCCAAAGGACAUCACAUGUACAAAGAGCGCAUACGCCGAAUGUGUGAAAGUAAUCAGUCUAGUUUUGUUGUGGAGUUCCCCAUUCUCGCUGGAAAGGAACAUGUGUUGGCCUACUUUCUACCUGAAGCUCCUGUACAAAUGUUGGAAAUAUUUGAUGAAGUAGCUAAGGACUUGGUUCUAACUAUUUUUCCUAGUUAUGGGAGAGUUUCCACUGAAAUCCAUGUAAGGAUAUCAGAAUUGCCGCUCAUUGAGGAAUUGCGAACGUUCAGAAAGUUACAUUUGAACCAGUUAGUGAGGACAUUGGGUGUUGUCACUGCCACAACAGGAGUUUUACCACAGUUGUCAGUUGUUAAAUAUGAUUGUAAAAAGUGUGGAUACGUCCUUGGCCCGUUCACGCAAAUGCAAAGUCAAGAAGUUGAUCCUGGCUCUUGUCCUGAGUGUCAAAGCAGUGGACCCUUCACCAUCAAUAUGGAGCAAACGAUUUAUCGAAAUUAUCAAAAGGUAACAAUACAAGAGUCUCCAGGUAGAAUUCCAGCCGGGAGAAUACCUCGAAGCAAAGACUGUAUCCUGCUUGCCGAUCUCUGUGAUAGAUGCAAGCCUGGAGAUGAAGUUGACGUGACUGCUGUUUAUACUAAUAAUUAUGACGGAUCUCUGAAUACCGAGCAGGGUUUUCCUGUAUUUUCGACAGUAUUGUUAGCCAAUCAUCUUGUUGUAAAGGAUUGCAAAGAAAUUGUUCAAUCAUUAACUGAUGAGGAUGUCUCCAGUAUUUUGGCCUUAAGCAAAGAUCAUCGGGUAGCUGACCGAAUUAUAGCUAGUAUUGCACCAUCUAUCUAUGGACAUGAAUUCAUAAAGCGAGCGCUGGCACUUGCUUUAUUUGGUGGAGAAUCGAAAAAUCCCGGCCAGAAGCACAAAGUGAGAGGAGAUAUAAACGUUUUGCUUUGUGGAGACCCAGGAACAGCAAAAUCACAGUUCUUGAAAUACACUGAAAAAAUUGCCCCCAGAGCUGUAUUCACAACAGGUCAGGGCGCUUCUGCAGUGGGUCUUACUGCGUAUGUAAGCCGUUCACCAACCACGCGAGAAUGGACGUUAGAAGCUGGUGCUUUGGUUCUUGCGGAUCAGGGUGUUUGCCUCAUAGACGAGUUUGACAAAAUGAACGAUCAGGAUAGAACAUCUAUACACGAAGCAAUGGAACAGCAAAGUAUUUCUAUUUCAAAAGCUGGUAUUGUCACUUCUCUACAAGCCAGGUGCUCUGUUAUAGCAGCCUCGAAUCCAAUUGGUGGACGAUACGAUGCCAGCAUGACUUUCUCUGAAAACGUAAAUUUGUCGGAGCCGAUUCUCUCCCGAUUUGAUAUUCUAUGUGUAGUCCGGGAUGAAGUUGAUCCUAUGCAGGAUCGGCAUUUGGCUAAGUUCGUUAUUGGUUCGCACAUCAGGCAUCAUCCUAAUAAUGAGAAUAGAACAAUUCCACCUAAUCUUGAAGAGAACCAUACGGAUUUGUCCAUUCCACAAGAUCUCCUGAAGAAAUAUAUUGUGUAUGCGAGGCAGAACAUCCAUCCCAAACUUACUAAUAUGGAUCAAGAUAAGGUGGCAAAAAUGUACAGUCAAUUGAGACAGGAGAGUCUAGCAACAGGCAGCCUUCCAAUUACGGUUCGUCAUAUCGAAAGUAUGAUACGAAUGGCAGAAGCGAGUGCUAAAAUGCAUCUCAGGGAUCAUGUGCGAGAAGAAGACGUAAACCUUGCAAUCAGAAUGAUGCUUGAGAGCUUCGUAGAUACACAGAAAUAUUCUGUUAUGAAAUCCAUGCGACAAACUUUCCAGAAAUAUCUCUCAUACAAAAAGGAUCACAGCGAGUUGCUGUAUUACAUUUUACGUCAAAUAACUUUAGAUGCAUUGACAUUCAAGAGAGCAUUCCAAGGUGGACCAGUUACAACUAUUGAAAUUUCUGAAAAAGAUUUGAUGGAUAGGGCUAAGCAGAUAGAUAUUCACAAUCUACACCCAUUCUACGAGAGCCACAUAUUCAAAUCAAACAACUUCAUUUAUGAUCCCAAAAGAAAAGUGAUAGUACAAACUAUGCCUGAUGCAUCUAAUGAUUGAAGAACACGAUAACACAAGAUCAGUGAAGUGAUGUUAAAGACUACUAUUUCCAGGUGAAAAUAAAAACUCAUUGUGUGCCUUUUA